CCCUUCCCCCACCUUUCAAUUCAGAGCGACCUGCAGUCGGGAGUUUUGGACAAACGCUGCAGGACCCUGGAGAGAUUUAGAAGAAUUGAGAGACUCAAACUUCACCAUAGCAGAUGCGAAAGGAGGCUUUUCCAGACAGCUUCAGUGCAGGUCCAGAAGGCGAUGGCUGUGAUGCCAACACAGUUGGACUAUAUCCAUGAGGAGCCAGAGUGGGAUUCCUUUGGAUCCGAAUUAUGCAGCCAUACAGGAUCGGACCCAGAGUACAAGCCAACUCACACUGCAUCAUCAUCCAGUGAUGAGGAAGAUUUGAAAAGCCGAGACAAACACAAGAACCUCAGAACUUAUGUGAAAAGACAAAAAAAAAACAAAAGACGAACAAAACAAAAUCAACUGUGACCAUAAAAACUUGUACAAAAAGGGAAGAUGGCAAACGAGCACGCGACAAAAGACAUUAUUGUCUCUACUGUGGCCAGUCACACUUAAGGAUUGCGAGACAUUUGCAGAGAAAGCAUAUGGAGAUCCAGGAUGUAGCAUAUGUCUUCAGCUUUCCAUCAGGAUCAAAAGACAGAAGGGUUCUUUUGGAACAACUGAGAAAUAAAGGAGAUUUCAAGCACAAUACCAAAGUCCUGGAAAAAGGCAGAGGACAAAUAGUGACAUGGAGGCAGCCCUCUGAUGAAGCUUCUGUUAAGGAUUAUUUGGCUUGCCAAUAUUGCUAUGGACUGUUCGCUAAAAAGGUUUUGAAAAGACAUCAUUCCACAUGCAGAAGUAAAACAUGUGUAACAGAAGACAAAAAGACAAGAAAAAGAGUACAAAGUCUUGCUGCACGCGUGCUUCCAAUAGCAUCUAACGCCGGUGGAUGUCAGGAUGUCAUUACCAAAAAUGUGAUGGCUCUGUGGAACCAUCUCAGGAUGGUGGAAGAUAAAGCAAAGGGGGAACUGACACAACAGAUUUUAACAGCAUACAGGGAGUUAAACGAGACCGUUCUGGUGCAGGUCAUUGUCUUUAACAAGUGGCGUGAAAGGCAAGCAUCACGCUUGACUCUUGAGACGUACGAGAAAGCAAGCACAAAUCGUGUAAAUGAGGACAUUUAUGAAACCCUGUCACCAUUAGAGAGAGAGCUGAGCAAGCUACUAACCCGCAUAGAGGUCUGGAGAAAAAGAGGCGGGAAGGUAGCUGUUUUCUUGACUGAGAGAAUGAAGGAAUCAAUCAAUUUGUUGAUUGAAAGGAGAGAGGAAGCUGGAAUACCUGCUGAAAAUCCUUAUCUCUUUGCAAGACCUGGUGCGAUGACAAAGUUACGGGGAUGUGAUUGUCUGCAGAAAUAUGCAGAGGAAAGCAAAGCAGAAAACCCUGAACUCCUGAGAUCAACCAAAUUAAGAAAACAGGUUGCCACAUGCUGCCAACUCCUGGAUCUCAGCGAACAAGAGCUGGAACAAGUUACAAGGUUCAUGGGACAUGACAUCAGAGUUCACCUUGACUUUUACCGACAGACUUACAAAACCUUUCAAAUUGCCAAGAUAAGUAAACUUCUGUUGGCAAUGGAGCGAGGCCUCAACCUCAACACAAUUGAUCUUUCUGUCUGUGCUGAAAGUCACACAUGGACUUCUGUGACUGUCCCACAGAGGGAAAGGAAACGCGGCAGAGAGGUUGUUGAAGAUGGAGGUUCUGACCUCUUCUCCCUGAAAAACAGAUAUGACCAGGGCAGUGAGGAUGGGGACUCAGAUAUGGAGGGUAAGUUAGGGACUGUACGAAAAUUAUUGGGUUAGGAAGGAUAUUUAAUUGUAUUAAAAAGGUUGUCCUGGGAACCUUUUGUCUUAAAAAAAGAAUCAAUACCUUUCCCUAGUAUCUCAAAAUAAUAGGCUCAUUUAAUGCCAAACUUAUCAAAAUGGUAAAUAUUCCAUCCAAAACUAAACUAACGUCCAGACUAAAUAAAUAGUUAUUACAGCCUCUGAAUGAGUGCACUAAGCACAGGUGGCUUUGUGGCAGCUGAUAGAUGUAGAUGAUAGUUUUGUGCACAAUAGUUUGGUUUCAGUUAUCUUAUGAUGUAAAUACAGUCCAGAGUGCUGCUACAGGCAAGUGAAAAGUGUUGCUCGCACUGGUGAGAUGCCGUCACCAGUACCUAUAGAGAACUGUGUCUAAUCGGUUUCUAGAAACUGACAUAUUAGUCAUACCAACGAGGAAAAUUACACGAUGAAGAGAGGUUUGCUGUCCUCUGCAUAUGGCCAAAUGCUCCUUUAUGACCUGGGCGCACAAAAGCCAUUUUUUAAAUGGCUAUGAUAAACCUAGCAAUGUCCUCAAAAAUGUGUAGUGAACUUUCCAAACUUCCAGUCUUGCCUCAUCUCAUAACAGUAAUGCCAAGUCGGUCUACUACUGGGUCCAUACAAUUUAUUUCCAUUUAUCAGUGAUUUUUAAAAAAAAAAGAAAAGCCAACUACUAACUAACAGCAGGUCAAGAAGAUGCAAAAUUCAAUCAAACUGCUGAAACUCUGACAGCCGGUCAAAAUAACACUGCUAUCUUAUAAUCUUCACGUGUGGCGUUGGCCUAUAGUUUAUGUUUCACCAUGGCAACAGGUAUAAAAAGGCAGAGUCUCCAUUUUUAUCCAGUUGACGUAGAGAUAUUAAUGCAUGUAUAUGCAGACUGUGCACGUUUAGCUUUUAAAAAAGUC